UUCCGUAUUGGCACUGCCCAUCGUCUCUUAAUUCUUCCCUUUGGUUCUCUUCUUUCCUACUCUGCAUGCCUGUUCUUAACCUCUUCUUUUGAUCCCCUUUCAGGUGAUUCAGCUAUGGAUUCAUGAUCAUCAACGUACUGCAUUAAUGGCACCAAAGCUUACUUUCCUCCUCUUUUGCUCCUUCAUCUCUUGUUGGUCCAUUUCCUCAGCCUGGUUCUUCUUGAACCCCAGGCUCCUAAAUGCAUACAUAGCUCUUCAGGUAUGGAAGCUGUCUAUACAUUCCGAUCCGAAUAACGUCACCGGAACCUGGGUAGGAUACGACGUGUGCCGGUAUACCGGCGUCUUCUGCGCCAAGGCCCUUGACGACAAUUCUACCACUGUGGUGGCCGGAAUAGACCUCAAUCACUUUGAUAUAUGCGGCUACUUGCCGGAGAAGCUCGGCCUCUUAAGUGAUCUAGCUUUGUUCCAUAUCAAUUCUAACCGGUUUUACGGCUUCGUACCGAUAUCAUUUACAAACCUUCGCUUGCUCUAUGAGCUUGACCUGAGCAACAACCGGUUCUACGGCUACUUCCCCUCGGUCGUACUCUGCCUACCAUCGCUCAAAUUCUUGGACAUCCGAUUCAACGCAUUCGAGGGGAGGAUCCCGCCGGCGCUUUUUGAGAUGAAUUUAGAUGUCUUAUUCAUAAAUGAUAACAAUUUUGUGUCGACGAUCCCGGAAAAUUUCGGAAACUCGACGGUUUCCGUCGUUGUAUUUGCUAACAACAACAUAAGGGGUUGCCUGCCCAAGUCCAUAGGCCGGAUGGGCUCGACCCUCAGCGAACUCUUGUUGCUCAAUAACUCGCUGACGUCUUGUAUUCCCGAGGAAAUCGGAAACCUGACGGAGUUGGUGGUUUUAGACAUCGGGUACAACGAGUUCGUGGGACCUUUGCCCGACAGCCUAGGAGCGUUGAACAAACUGGAACAAUUGAACGUGGCCCACAACAAGCUGUCCGGCGAGAUUCCGGCUACCAUCUGCCAUCUGCCGGCACUCCAGAACUUCACGUACUCAUAUAAUUUCUUCGUUCGCGAGCCUCCAGCCUGCUUGAACCUGCCGAAGCAGGCAGCACUGAUCGUCUCCGACGCGCAGAACUGCAUCUUGGACCGGCCGGAGCAACGGCCAAAGGAGGAGUGUCUCUCAUUCUUGCGGCAGCCAGUGGACUGUGCUAAUUUCAGCUGCUUCCCACCGCCACCACCAGCGCUGCCACCGCCGCCGCGCCCUCCACCGCAGUUAUCUUUCAGCACCAUUGGCGUGGAUCCGAAUCUGCGAGGGCACCGGAUUCGAGGUCCACAUUGGCCGUGAGAAUGAGAUUGCUUGUCGUUUCUGCGGCUAAACUCUUCCUCCCUUAAUAUUGGAUUGGGUAGUACGUUGGUGACCCAUGUUGGAUCCGUUUCAUCUUUUUCCGUAUCCUUCGUGUUUCUCUGUUAAUAUAUAAUUUGGAGUGCCUCCCAUGUGCAAUCUUGACACAGAAAAUGGUGGUUAAUAUUUUUCCUUUUUAUUUUUUUUAAUGAGAACAAUUUG